AAUCAGAACAAUGACUUCUCCGCGAGCGCUGGAGGAGCGCAGCUGAGGCGCGCGCAAGGAAGCAGCCGCGGCUGCAGCGCUGUCCGCUGGACAGAGAGGGGACCCUGAGGGGCUGCUUUCGCUCUUGCUACCGCCGCCGCUGCUGCUGUUACUGUUAUUGUUUGCGGGAGGGGGGGAAAAGGGGGGAGACCCGGCACUGCACUGUUUAGCAUGUGGAUUCCGACGGAGCACGAGAAAUACGGAGUGGUAAUUGCAAGUUUUCGAGGAGCAAUCCCUCAUGGCUUAUCGCUGGAGAUUGGAGACACUGUUCAAAUACUAGAGAAAUGUGAUGGCUGGUACAGAGGAUUUGCCUUAAAAAACCCAAAUCUCAAGGGCAUCUUCCCAUCCAACUAUAUUCACUUGAAAAAUGCAUGUGUUAAGAACAAAGGGCAGUUUGAAAUGGUUGUUCCAACAGAAGACUCUGUCAUCACAGAGAUGACAUCAACCUUAAGAGAUUGGGGAACAAUGUGGAAGCAGCUUUAUGUGAGAAAUGAAGGGGACCUCUUUCAUCGACUGUGGCACAUCAUGAAUGAAAUCCUAGAUCUGCGACGGCAGGUACUUGUGGGCCAUCUCACCCAUGAUAGGAUGAAGGAUGUCAAACGGCACAUUACGGCUCGCUUGGACUGGGGCAAUGAACAACUGGGACUAGACUUGGUUCCAAGAAAGGAGUAUGCAAUGGUGGAUCCAGAGGAAAUAAGUAUUACAGAAUUGUAUAGACUGAUGGAGCACCGGCAUCGCAAGAAAGACACACCAGUCCCAGCCAGCAGCCACCAUCUCUUUGUUCAGAUGAAGAGUUUGAUGUGUUCCAAUCUAGGAGAAGAGCUGGAAGUAGUCUUCUCACUUUUUGAUAGUAAAGAGAACCAGCCAAUCAGUGAGAGAUUCUUUUUAAAACUGAAUCGAAAUGGGUUGCCAAAAUGUCCAGAGAAGCCAGAAAGACACUGUUCUUUGUUUGUGGAUUUGGGAAGCAGUGAGCUGAGGAAGGACAUUUACAUCACUGUGCACAUCAUACGCAUUGGCCGAAUGGGAGCUGGUGAGAAGAAAAAUACUUGCAAUGUACAGUACCGACGACCUUUCGGUUGUGCAGUCCUCAGCAUCGCAGAUCUACUGGCAGGCGACACAAAAGAUGACCUUAUUCUGAAAGUAUACAUGUGUAACACAGAGAGUGACUGGUAUCAGAUCCAUGAAAACAUCAUCAAAAAGCUAAAUGCUCGUUAUAACUUAACAGGAUCCAAUGCUGGCUUAGCUGUUUCUCUUCAGCUGCUACAUGGAGACAUUGAACAAAUUAGGAGGGACUAUGCCUCUAUGUUUACCCACGGCUUAUCAAUAACAAGGAAACUGGGCUUUUCCAACAUUAUCAUGCCAGGUGAAAUGAGAAAUGACUUGUAUAUCACAAUAGAAAGAGGAGAGUUUGAAAAAGGAGGAAAAAGUGUGGCCAGGAAUGUUGAAGUAACAAUGUUCAUUGUGGACUCAGGUGGUCAAAUUUUAAAGGAUUUUAUCUCCUUCGGCUCAGGAGAGCCUCCAGCCAGUGAAUACCACUCCUUUGUACUGUAUCACAACAACAGUCCCAGGUGGGCGGAGCUGCUGAAACUUCCUAUUCCUGUGGAUAAAUUCAGGGGAGCACACCUUCGCUUUGAAUUCCGACAUUGUUCCACAAAAGAAAAGGGGGAGAAGAAGUUGUUUGGUUUUUCUUUCGUCCCUCUGAUGCAGGAAAAUGGAAGGACGCUGCCAGACGGCACUCAUGAACUCAUUGUUCACAAGUGCGAAGAAAAUAUAAGUCUUCAGGAUUCUAGUCGCUACCUCAAAUUCCCCUUUUCAAAGGGGCAUCUCCUUGCAAACAACCACCCAGCAAUAAAAACCACUAGGGAAUCAUUCUGGAUCACAUCUUUCCUGUGUUCAACUAAGCUCACACAAAAUGGAGACAUGCUUGACCUUCUCAAAUGGCGGGCCCAUCCAGAAAAAAUUGCAGGCUGCCUCUCAAAACUGAAAGAAAUUGAUGGGUCAGAAAUUGUAAAGUUUCUCCAAGAUACACUCGACACUUUAUUUGGGAUUUUAGAUGAAAAUUCUCUGAAGUACGGCUCCCAAGUAUUUGAUUGUUUGGUUCACAUAAUUAACUUGCUGCAGGACAGUAAGUUUCAUCAUUUUAAGCCAGUUAUGGAUACCUACAUUGAAAGUCACUUUGCAGGAGCACUGGCGUACAGAGACCUCAUAAAGGUGCUGAAGUGGCAUGUUGAUCGAAUAACAGACGUGGAAAGACAAGCACACAACCUGGAAGUAUUAAAGGCACAAGAAUAUAUAUUUAAAUAUAUAGUCCAGUCUCGGAGGCUGUUUUCUCUUGCUACUGGUGGACAGAAUGAGGAGGAAUUCUGCUGUUGUAUUCAAGAGCUUCUGAUGUCAGUGCGAUUCUUCCUUUCCCAAGAAAUCAAAGGGACUAGUGCUUUAUCUCAGGCCCAAGUGGCCUUUCUCAGCUCUUUUCCGGCUGUCUAUUCUGAGCUUUUGAAGCUCUUUGAUGUGAGAGAAGUGGCAAAUUUGGUCCGGGAUACUCUGGGAAGCUUGCCAACCAUCACAAAUGCGGAUGAAUCCCUUCAGGCUGUGAAACUCCAAUGUAUUGGGAAAACAGUAGAGAGCCAUCUGUACACCAAUCCAGAGUCCCGAUGUAUUCUACUGCCAGUAGUUUUGCAUCACCUUUAUAUACAUCUGCAAGAGCAAAAGGACCUGAUUAUGUGUGCACGCAUCCUUAGCAACAUUUUUUGCCUCAUCAAGAAAAACAGCUCUGAGAAGUUCGUAUUGGAAGAAAUAGACGUCAUUGUGAACAGCCUGCUUGACGUGCUGCUGAGGACCAUCUUGGAGAUCACAAGCCGCCCUCAGCCAGCAGGAUCGGCAACUAGGCUUCAGUUUCAGGAUGUUACCGGAGAGUUUGUUUCAUGUCUGUUAUCAUUAUUACGACAGAUGACAGACAGACAUUACCAGCAACUCCUUGACAGAUUCAAGACGAGGGAUGAGCUCAGAGAUUUUUUGUUACAAAUAUUUACUGUCUUUCGAAUAUUAAUACGGCCAGAGAUGUUUCCAAAAGAUUGGACAGUGAUGCGUUUGGUUGCUAACAAUGUUAUUAUUACAACAGUGUUAUACCUUUCGGAUGCCCUUCGUAAAAACUUCUUAAAUGAAAACUUUGAUUACAAGAUUUGGGAUUCCUACUUUUAUCUUGCUGUCAUUUUUAUAAAUCAGUUGUGUCUACAGUUAGAGAUGUUCACACCUUCAAAGAAGAAAAAGGUUUUAGAAAAAUAUGGUGAUAUGCGGGUGACAAUGGGAUGUGAAAUCUUCAGCAUGUGGCAGAAUUUAGGAGAACAUAAAGUCCACUUCAUCCCAGCACUGAUUGGGCCCUUCUUAGAAGUGACACUGAUACCUCAACCUGAUCUACGGAAUGUGAUGAUUCCUAUUUUUCAUGACAUGAUGGACUGGGAGCAAAGACGCAGUGGCAACUUUAAACAGGUGGAAGCAAAACUGAUUGAUAAAUUGGAUAGCUUGAUGUCAGAAGGAAAAGGUGAUGAAACAUACCGAGAACUCUUCAAUAGUAUAAUUCCACUCUUUGGUCCGUAUCCCAGCCUGCUAAAGAAAAUUGAACGUGAAACAUGGAGAGAAAGUGGCGUUUCAUUAAUUGCCACUGUAACUCGCCUUAUGGAGAGGCUGCUGGACUACAGGGACUGUAUGAAAAUGGGAGAAGUGGAUGGCAAAAAGAUUGGCUGUACUGUCAGCUUGUUGAAUUUUUAUAAAACAGAAUUGAACAAGGAGGAGAUGUAUAUUCGAUAUAUACAUAAAUUGUAUGACCUGCACCUAAAAGCACAAAACUUCACAGAAGCUGCUUAUACGCUGUUGCUAUAUGACGAACUGUUGGAAUGGUCGGACCGGCCACUGCGGGAAUUUCUGAACUAUCCCAUGCAGACAGAGUGGCAGCGCAAAGAAUAUCUUCAUCUCACUAUCAUCCAGAACUUUGACCGAGGAAAAUGCUGGGAGAAUGGCAUUAUCUUAUGCAGGAAGAUUGCCGAGCAGUAUGAAAGCUAUUACGAUUACAGAAACCUCAGCAAAAUGCGGGUGAUGGAAGCUUCUUUGUAUGAUAAAAUAAUGGAUCAGCAGCGGUUGGAGCCUGAGUUUUUUCGAGUUGGAUUUUAUGGGAAAAAGUUUCCUUUUUUCUUACGAAACAAAGAAUUUGUUUGCCGAGGACAUGACUAUGAACGUCUGGAGGCAUUUCAGCAGCGGAUGUUAAAUGAAUUCCCACAUGCCAUUGCUAUGCAACAUGCCAAUCAGCCAGAUGAAACCAUCUUUCAAGCAGAGGCACAGUAUCUGCAAAUCUAUGCCGUAACACCAAUUCCUGAAAAUCAAGAGGUGUUACAGAGAGAAGGCAUUCCAGAUAAUAUCAAGAGUUUUUAUAAAGUAAACCAUAUCUGGAGAUUUCGAUAUGACCGGCCAUUCCAUAAAGGGACCAAAGAUAAGGAUAAUGAAUUCAAGAGUUUGUGGGUGGAGAGAACUACGCUGAUCCUGGUGCAGAGUUUGCCUGGAAUUUCCCGUUGGUUUGAAGUAGAAAAACGUGAAGUGGUGGAAAUGAGUCCACUGGAAAAUGCUAUUGAAGUGCUGGAAAAUAAAAACCAGCAGCUGAGGACACUGAUCAGUCAGUGUCAGUCUCGACAGAUGCUGAAUAUCAACCCUCUUACAAUGUGUUUGAAUGGUGUCAUUGAUGCAGCAGUGAAUGGUGGUGUGUCAAGAUACCAGGAGGCAUUCUUUGUGAAAGAAUACAUCCUGAACCACCCAGAGGAUGGGGAGAAGAUCACAUGCUUGAGAGAACUGAUGCUUGAGCAGGCCCAGAUUCUGGAAUUUGGCCUUGCUGUACAUGAGAAAUUUGUCCCUCAGGAUAUGAGACCUUUACAUAAAAAACUAGUGGAUCAGUUUUUUGUGAUGAAAUCAAGUCUGGGAAUACAGGAAUUUGCUGCAUGCAUCCAGGCCAGUCCAGUUCAUUUUCCAAAUGGGAGCCCCCGUGUUUCUCGAAAUUCAGUGCCUGUUUCUAUGAGUCCAGAGGGUGCCAGGGUAAUUCCUAGGCGCAGUCCAUUAAGUUACCCAGCUGUCAACAGAUAUUCUUCUUCAUCGUUGUCUUCUCAAGCUUCUGCAGAGGUCAGCAAUAUAACAGGACAGUCUGAAAGUUCUGAUGAAGUUUUCAACAUGCAGCCAAGUCCAUCUACCUCAAGCCUGAGUUCCACUCAUUCUGCUUCACCUAAUGUGACCAGCUCUGCUCCAUCCAGUGCCAGAGGCUCACCUCUGUUGUCUGACAAGCUUAAACAUUCCAGAGAAAAUUCUUGCCUAUCUCCAAGGGAGAGGCCCUGUAGUGCCAUUUACCCUAAUCCUGCUGAGCCUUCACAGCCUGCAAACCCUUACUUUGCCAAGUGGAAUGAGGCCUCCAUUCCGCGCUGCAUCAGAGAUUCACCAAGGGAGCUUGAAGAGCAGGUAGGCCCAGUAUCUGCUGCUCUCCCAGAGGGUUACCUGACAGGAAAAUGUCCCAAUCUGUCAACAUCCUCAGUAGUCCCAGACAGGAGAAUUAUGUUCAAUCACAUUGGAGAUGGCGCUUUGCCUCGCAGUGAUCCUAAUCUGUCUGGUCCAGAGAAAGCUGUAAAUAGCACUCCAAGCAGUUGGAGCCUGGACAGUGGAAAGGAAGCCAGGAACAUGUCAGAGAGUGGGAAACUUAUAUCUCCUCCUGUGCCACCACGCCCCACACAAACAGCAUCACCAGCUCGGCACAUAACCUCUGUUUCCCCGUCUCCUGCUGGAAGAUCUCCAAUGAAGGGUUCAGUGCAAUCGUUCACGCCAUCUCCUGUGGACUACCAUUCCUCAGGACUCAUCUCCAACUCACCAGUCUUGUCAGGAAGUUACAGCAGUGGCAUCUCCUCACUCAGCCGAUGUAGCACAUCGGAAAUAUCUGGCUUUGAAACUCAAACUAAUGAGCACCCCUUAUCUAUUUCUAACUGCAACAUUUCUGAAGAGCCAGUGAGAAAAGAAAGUAAGACUCCACCACCCUACAGUGUUUAUGAACGGACAUUGAGGCGCCCGGUCCCGCUACCUCACAGUCUUUCGAUCCCCAUUCCUAUGGAUCCACCAGCACUGCCACCCAAGCCCCUGUUGGUUCGACCGAACAAUCUGGAAAGUAGUAGCAAGAGAACUGAGCAGGUCCCUCGGCCCAGGCCUCUUCCACGAAAAGUGUCUCAGUUAUAAAGAAAAAGAAAAAGUCAUUUUUGUAAUGACAAGUGGAAAAAAACACAUCUAAAUAUAUAGGCACUUUAAUAUUUUUCACAAAUAUUCUUUCCAGUGAUUUUUUAAAAGAAAAAUGCUUAAUAUUAUGUUGCACAAUUUGUCAAAUGAAAAUACUAAUCUAGAAUGCAAGAUGUUACAGGACCAGAAGACAAGACUGAAGGAAUUACAUUAGUAUUAGACACAGCAAAUAUGGAGGCAUACCAAUUUGAAUGAGAAACUCAAUUUUUUUCCAAGUGUAGUUUAAUCAAGACCGUACUUCCCCUCCACAACCUCAUAUUGGAAAGGCACUGUACUUUUGAGAGCAUGCAGAAUGUUACGGUUUAAAAUAAGUAUACUAAAUAAGAGUCUGGUAAUAAGUUACUGUCCACAUGUUACACGCCUGUACCACAUUUCAACUCAUGAAUUCAUGUACGUGAACAAAAGCAAUGAUAAUUCAAGUGAUUAUAAUGCAUUGGAAAAUAGCAGAGAUGUUAUUGUAGCUGAUUUCACAAAACAGAGUACGUGUUUUCAGUUCUUUUCUUUCUACUGACACCUUACUGCAUUUUAUUAAAUGUAUAUGUAUACAUUUACCAAUAUUUUUCUUCUUUUUAAUGCAAUUUUCAGCACUUUGCUACUGAUUUAUCUACAAGACUCACACAUUUUACCCAGAAUUUUUCUAUACAGCUAGGUUUUUAAAAACAAGUAAUUCCCAAGGCUAGUUGGGGCCAAGUACCUGACAUGAGAAGCUGGGGGGAACAAAGAAAAGAAAUUAAUCAGAACAAGAAAUUAAUCUUCAGAUUUAAUUUCUAAUAGUGUUUAAGGGAGACUCAAUACACAACCACUGUUUAUUCUGGAAGAUUAAUAAAUGCCAGGAAUUAGAAGAAAUCACUUUAAAUACAAAGGGCAUUAAAUAUUAGAUUGAGCUCAAAAAGACUUUAUAAAUCCAGAUUUUAUCUCUGUUAAUAAAUUAUUCUCCAAUCAACCCUGCCCAUUUGACAGCUUUUCCCUAUGAAGACCUUCCAUCAUGUAGCAUAUAAAAGAAAGCUUAGUAUCUGAGAAAAGGCAGGUACCUUUUUGUACAAGAUCUACCAUAACCAGUUUCUAACAGUCAGACAUGUGGGAUUGGUGGCUUUUGUUGGUUCUUCGCGGGACAGCUUCUCCUGCAAUCUUUUGUACCCUUGAUAGAAAUAGGAUUCAGAAAAAUGCAGGAUGCCCCAGGGCUUUAAAACUCACAAGAACAGGGUCUUCAGCUUUUUCCAGGUUCUGUGUGCUUUAAACCAGUGGUUCUUAACCUUAGGUUACUCGGGUGUUUUUGGACUGCAACUCCCAGAAGCCUUCACC